UCGCUAUCAGCAUGCAAAAAGUAUUUUUGAUUUAUGUUUUGUUCUUUUUUGGACUAAAUGAUUCUAAAGCUGAAAACGUGGAUAUGACAAUAAGAGCAAUUGGAAACACAAUUUUAGUAGAAAUACCAGAUAAUACAUUAGUUAAAUCCCUUUUUGUAUUUACGGAAGAUGCUCAUAAAUGCUAUCCAAGUUAUAAUUGUACACAAACGGCCAGUGUGUUGAUCGAAAUACCCAAAACUUUCAAGAGGAAUGAGGAAUUCAACCUUUUUGGGCUAAUUGAGACUCAAACACAAGUGAUAGCAAAAGAAUUUAAGAUUUGGAUCGAUGAGAAUGGGAGAGUUCACAAGCAGAACGUCAGUACUUCACAGGAUAUCGAGCAUCGAGCACCAGAUACCCAGAAAAAUGUUUUUAACGAUGAUUUUGAUGACACUCAAUUCACCAAUUGGAUAUAUUCAAUGUAUGCACGAACACUAUCAUUGCAUCAUGAGCCGGUGGCAUUCACAAACAGCUUAAGCAACGCUUAUACAAAAGACGGAAAACUAUACAUUCGUAUUACCUGGAAUAGUUAUACAGAAAAGCUUAGUUUCGAUAAUUGUACAGUACCCGGGAACGAUAUCUUAAGGUGCGGUCCGUUUGGGAAUAAACGAACUGGCCCACCUACACCACCAUUGAGCUCAGCACUUCUGCAUUCCAAUUUUAAUAUUCAACUUGGUCGUAUAGAUAUUCGGGCUAAGAUGCCAAAGGGCCCGUGGUUAUUUCCUGUUUUGGCCCUAUACCAAAAGGACAAACCGGUUGAACGCGACCACGUAAAUCACAUUAAGAUAUACCAGCGAGGAAAUCCUAGACUUAUUUGCUGGCGUUUACCCUGA